AUGUUUAGCUUUAGUCCUUUAAGUGAUAUUAAACUUGGAUCAAAAGUGAAUUCUGAUAGUGAUAAAUUGUUUAUAAAACAAUUAAGAAAACAUAACAAAACUACAGCAGAAACAAAAAUAAAAAAACAUCCUAACAAAAAUACAAUUAGUACAACUUCAUUAUCAAAAGUGUUAAGUGAUGAAAAUAGUAAUAAUCAUAAUUAUAAUCAUGUAACUAAUAGAUAUAGUAAUUAUAUAACUAGCAAACAUGAUGUAAAUCAUGAACAUGAUAAUGAUCAUAUAGUUAGCAAUAUGUCUGAAAGUAGUUCUA